GCGGGGUCUGCGAACCGGGGCGCUUGGAGGAAAGAGGUGCGGGAGGUUUUGUGAUCCUGAGAUGCCAGAUGAAAUAUGCCCGAAAUAAAAUUAAGUGGCAUUACUAUUGACUUCCCAUUUCCACCCUACGAAUGUCAGGAGGCAUAUAUGUCCAAAGUGCUUGAGUGCCUACAAAAGCAAGUGAAUGGGAUCUUGGAGAGCCCUACAGGCACUGGGAAGACAUUAUGCCUCCUGUGCUCGACCUUGGCAUGGCGAGCGCACUUCAAGGAUGCCGUUUCUGCGCAAAAGAUUGCCCAGCGAUUAAAAGGGGCAGAACUGUUUCCCGACCAGCCAUUGUCGUCUUGGGGCAGUGCUGUCACGGGGACCGAGGUUCCAGCUUAUUACACCGAUGUCCCUAAAAUAAUUUAUGCCUCCAGAACACAUUCUCAGCUUGCUCAGGUCAUCGGUGAAUUGAAGAAUACCGCUUACAGACCCAAAGUUUGUGUGUUGGGAUCCAGAGACCAGCUUUGCAUCCACCCUGAAGUUAAAAAACAGGAAAACAAUCAUAUGCAGAUCCACUUGUGUCGUAUGAAAGUGUCAAGCCGCUCGUGUCACUUCUAUAACAACAUGGAAGAAAAAAGCACCGAGAAAGACCUGAUCGAUCCCAUCUUGGACAUUGAAGACCUUGUUAAAAAUGGAAACAAACACAGAGUUUGCCCUUAUUAUCUUUCUCGGAGUCUGAAACAUCAAGCCGACAUCAUUUUUAUGCCUUAUAACUAUCUGCUGGACUCAAAGAGUCGAAGAGCUCAUAACCUGGACUUAAAAGGGGCUGUAAUAAUACUUGAUGAAGCUCACAAUGUGGAGCAAUUGUGUGAAGAAUUGACUUCUUUUGACCUGACUCCCUAUGACUUAGCUUCAGCUAUUGAUGCCAUCAACAUCGUCUUAGAAGACCAAGCCAAAAAAAUGGAACGGAAUGAAUUUAACGCUGAAUUCAAUACGGAAUAUGUCCAUUCAGGACUGAACAUGGAACUUGAAGAUAUAGCAAAAAUAAAGCGGAUUCUCCUGCAGCUAGAAAGCGCUAUUGACGACGUAGAACUCUCAAAUAAAGACGGAUUUACGAAAGAUGGAAGCUACAUAUUCGACUUGUUCGCAAAGGCUCAAAUCACAUUCCAAACCCAGAACUCUCUCCUUGAAUCACUGGAACAAAUUGUGCAGUAUUUAGCUGGCCGUUCUGGGAUAUUCACUAACACUGCUGGACUGCAUAAAUUUGCAGAUGUAAUUCAGACUGUUUUUAAUCUUGGUCCAUCAGAAGGGGUGCCUGACUGUGAGGUAUCAAAAUACUAUAAGGUCCAUAUCCGUCUUGAUGAAAACAAAAAAUGGAAGCCCCGGACCGAUUUGUGGAACUCCUUGCCAGUGAAAAAACAAGGGAAAAUCUUGAGCUACUGGUGUUUCAGCCCUGGAUUCAGCAUGCAGGAAUUGGUUCGCCAGGGAGUCCGCAGCAUCAUUCUGACGAGCGGGACCCUUUCCCCGCUAUCCACGUUUGCUUUGGAGAUGCAGAUACCAUUCCCAGUUAGUUUGGAAAACCCGCAUGUGAUUGACGAACAUCAAAUUUGUGUAGGAAUAAUCACCAAAGGACCAGAUGGAGCUUUGCUGUCUUCCACUUACGAAAAAAGAUUUACGGAAGAAUGCCUGUCCUCUGUCGGGAAAACCGUAGUUAAUCUUGUCCGAAUAAUACCAAAUGGACUCCUGGUGUUUUUUCCUUCAUAUCCGGUCAUGGAUAAAAGCCUGGAAUAUUGGAAAGCCCAUGAUUUUACAAAAAAAAUAGAAGCACUGAAGCCAAUAUUUGUAGAACCAAGACACAAAGGAGCAUUCACAGAGGCGAGCGAAGGUUUGGACUUUGCCGAUAAGAAUGGACGAGGCGUCAUCAUCACCGGCCUUCCGUACCCUCCUCGCAGGGACGCCAGGAUCCUAUUAAAGAUGCAGUUCUUGGAUGAAAUGAAGGCGAAAGAUAACAAGAAGAAGUGUUUGUCUGGAAACGCCUGGUACACACAGCAGGCUUCUCGUGCCGUGAACCAAGCUAUUGGAAGAGUUAUCCGACAUAGGCAGGAUUAUGGUGCCAUUUUCCUCUGCGACUCCAGGUUCGCUCUGCCUGAGACAAAAGCCAUGUUGCCCUCCUGGAUCCGCCCUCACGUCAAAACUUAUGAAAACUUUGGACACGCCGUCAGGGACUUUUCUCACUUCUUCCGUACUCUCCAACAGCAUAUGCCAGGUCCUCCAACUCCUCCUCGUCAUCUUUCUUCUACUGUCAUUGACGAAGAAAAUGAUUCCUCAUCUCCAUCUCUUGUUCCGUGCAAGCUGUUCCCUACCGGGACAAAAGCCAACGUCUUGGAAGACCACGUUCCUAGUCUGAAAAGGAAGCGGAUGGAUAACGGAGAAGCCGGACUGUGUGUGGCCUAUGGGCAGGGCCCAUCCUCUUCCAGAAGGCAGCCUGGAGGCCUCUUGGGUGCCCUGGAGCACAGCGAUAAAAGUUGUAAUGAAGCAUACGAGGAGAAACGCUUGCCGGGAGAAGAAUCGGCAAAGCGCUUGUCGACGCUGUCCCUUCAGCAUGAGAAAAAAAUGAUGGACCAGCAGAAAGGCGGCGGCAGGAAGAAAAUCAAGAUAGUCAGCGGCUGGCAAACUAACGAGGCAGCCAAUUCUUCGGACCCCAAGACGGCCAGAGCUGUCGCUUUUAUUGCAGCGGUGCAGAAAUCUCUGAGCCAGUUAAAUUUUGAUGUAUUUUCACAAACCCUCCACCAGUACAAAAAAAACCACGAUUUCGAUGCUAUGUUAUUUCAGUUGAGUGGACUUUUCUUAGAAGAUGAAAACACCCACACCCUACUGCGAGAGUUUUACCAAUUUAUUCGGCCUCAGCACAAGAAGCAGUUUGACGAAGCUUGCCGUUCCCUGACCGGAGUCGGCUGCGGAUACAAACCCGAGCACAGCCUUCUUCAAGAAGACAGGUUGUUAUUGGCUGAAAACGCAGGACAGGGCGAUGAGAAUAAAAUGACUUUUGGGGAAAAUUCUACUCAACAGCUUAAUUCCGUGCAGCAUUUAAACAAAGGCGGAGGACACCUGACGGCUGAUUUAAAUAUGAAAGGGGAAACCAGUGCCAAGGCCUCCGAUGUCUUCUCCAGACUUUCAUUCAGUACCACAAAGGAGAACGAGAAGGAGACCUACCUGUCAGCCUACGUCAGUGAACUCAAGAAGUGCCUGGACAAAGCCAGCUAUAAUACCUUCAAGUCAGCACUUGUCGCAUACAGGAAGACAAGUGACUAUGACUCGAUGGUGACCGUGGUCGUAGCCCUCCUGAUGGAAAAGCCGGAGAACUUCCACCUUCUACAGAGAUUUGCCACAUUCGUCCGCCCUCCUCACAAGGAACAAUUCCGACAGAUGUGCAGAGAACUCACUGGCACAGCUUUCCCCGAGGAGAACAGUGAAAAAAGUCCUCACGAUUCUUCCAAGAAUGAAGCCCCACAGCCGCUCCAAAAUCCAGACCCGCCGGAAAUUGAGAGAAAGCCCAGCAAAUUACGAGAAGCCACAGAGGACGGCAGCCUGCCUCUCUCCCCAAUAGGCGGUGGCUAUCAAUGUGCUAAAUGCGGUUCGGAGCACAGUGUGCCCUUUAAAUGCCAGCAGUGUUCCUUCACGUGUUGCAACAAAUGUUGGGAGGAUUCUUUGAAGCUUGCCAAGAAGUGCCCAGAAUGCCAAGCGGACACCAAGAGAAGACAUUUGGCCAUAUCUUACUGGCCAGAUCCCCCCGUGAAAGGCACGUAGAGUGAACACGUGAACUGUUCAACGGGUUCUACAGGCUGUACGGCUGCCACCAGCUGCUCCGUGUGGAAGAGGAACAACAAAAUUGCACAUGGUUUUAAGUCGGAUCCUCCAGGCUAACCCACCCCUUUCUUAAGAGAAGCCGCACGGUCUUCAACGUGACCAUUCUCCAGAUAUUUGAGCCACUCAAGUGUUCCUGUCUGUUUCAGUCAAUCUAGAUGGCAUUUAAAUCAGAGUUAAUAUUUUAUUAUCUUUUUCUAAUGAUGACCUUUGCAGUCAGGCCAGGUACCACAAGGCCUAUUGUCUUUAUUAUGGAAAAAUUAAAAAGGACUU